GCAAACAAAAAAAAAAAAAGAGAAAUAAAAGGAGAAACCAGGCCAGAAGAGUUGAGUUUGUUGAUCAUGAGAGAUCAAGAACAAGGCAUGGAAAAGGUGAGUGGUGGUGGGAGGAGGAGGAAAGGAGGAUUGAGUAUUCCGAUGACCGGCUGUUGCGGCGUCGGUGUCGCGAUUUUGGUGUUCGCCGCCGCCGCCGCCGCCGUCGGUGCCUCCGUCGUCGCGAGAGCUCGAAGAGCUCGUCGCGAGGAUCAGGCGACGAAGAGGAGUUUCGCUGAGGAUGUAGAUAAUGAAAGAAUUGAAGGAGCAAAAGUAGAAGAAGAAGUGGAGGAGGAGGAGGAGAAUGGUUCUAUUGUAUCACAAGGGAGAGAGAAAAUGAGAGAGGAAACUGAGGAAAUUUCAUUUCAGAUUGAUCAGGAGAAUCAAUCCAUAGGGAAGCUUGAUUUGAGUCCAAGAAGAGAGGAUACGGAGAUCGUCGCCGCGACCGAGGAGGAGGAGAUCAUCUUAAAACCCGGUAAUGAUGGCGAUUAUGAUCGCGAAAGUUCGGAAGAAUCGAAAGCAACCCCUACUGAAGUAAAAGUAUCUGAAGAAGCAAACGACGAGAAGGAGGGAGACGAAAAAGAAGAAGAAGAAGAUAGCACGGAGAAUGAGAAAGCAGAAUGCGACCUGUCGUCAUCGGUCGAAUUCCGAGCCACGACGGAACCGUCGACCGAAGAGGCUGUUGAUGGACCGAACAACAACUCCCGAGCUUGUUUGACGGAGUCGGGGGUAUUCGAGGCGAUCGAGAACACAUCGAAGACGGAGGAGAACGAUUCCUCGGCGAAGAAGAAGCGAGAAGUGGAGUGGAAGUUGGAGGAUGAUGUGAACAAAGAUCCGAGAGGAGAGCCGAAGAAGAUCGAGAUACGUAACACAACAAAGACAAUAGCAAUCGAGGAGAAUGAGAUCGGAUUCGCGAUCGCGAAUCGAUCGAAGGGCGGCCUUCUGAUGAUCUCCGCGUUCGUGCUCGCGAUCGUUCUUCUUCUGUUCGUCCGUCGCGACCGCCCUGACGUUUUAGAGCUAAGUACUAUGUGAGACAAAAUGCAAGGUGAGGUGAUUAGUUCCUUGAUCGAAUUUUCGGUUGCUUCUUCAUGUUUUGGAGCUUCUUCUGCAGUUGUUUUUAAUCUAGAAGAGAUAACUAACCAUCUCCUUUUGUAAAAACUAUCUCAACAAUUUGUUUUGAUAUUUGAAUUUUAAAUAAUUCGGUUUACUAUUUGAAUUUCAAAUAAUUGUAAUUUUAUCUUACUUGCGAAUUAUUUGAAAUUCAAAUGUUAAAAUAAAUUGUUGUUGAGAUAGUUUGUACAAAUUAAAAGGAAUGGUUAGUUAUCAAUGGAAACAAUCUGUAAACUGCGAUCGAUGAUUCGGAGCUAAAUAGUUUGCAUUAUAUCUUUAAUAGAUGGAUUUUUAAUCA